AUGAGAGAUGAACAUGGGGUAGGUGUAACGUACAAUAAAGCAUGGAGAGCAAAAGAACUUGCAGUUGAUGAUGUUAGAGGGUCAAAUGAGGAAAGUUAUGCAUUGUUACCUUCAUAUUUGUAUAUGCUAAAGUUGGCCAACCCAGGAACUAUCACAAGAGUAUGUAAAGAUGAAGAAAAAAGGUUUAAAUACAUGUUUAUUGCUUUUGGUGCUUCAUUGGAUGGAUGGAAACACUGUAGACCAGUUAUAGUGGUAGAUGGAACAUUUUUAAAGACGAAAUGUGGAGGUACACUAUAUGCAGCUUGUGUUAAAGAUGGAAACAAUCAAAUUUUUCUGCUCGCCUUUGGAAUUGGGGAUUCAGAAAAUGACAAUGCAUGGAUAUGGUUCUUUACAAGACUAAAAGAAGCAAUAGGAGAUCGAGAAAAUUUGUGCAUAGUAUCUGACAGGCAUAAAAGUAUCAAAAAUGCAAUUGAACAAGUGUAUCCUGGUGUAUAUCAUGGAGUUUGUCUUUAUCAUUUGAAGCAAAAUCUAAGGACUAAGUUUAGGGGAUUACAUGUGCAUGCCAUAUUUGAAACUGCUUCAAGAGUGUACUCAGCUCAAGAAUAUUAUUCUGUCAUGGCUGAAUUACAGAAAAUUAGCCCUGAAAUGACCAGUUAUCUUUUGGAAGCAAAACCAGAAAAAUGGGCUUAG